AUGACUAACUUUGCGACUUAUAUUCCAAUGCGUUACAUCGCCGCUUACUUGCUCCUUCAAACCGGAGGCAACGCCUCCCCAUCCGCUGCCGAUAUCACGAAGCUCCUUGGUGCUGUGGGCAUUGACGCCGAUGAGGAUCGCCUCAGCAAGCUCUUGUCCGAGCUCGAGGGCAAAGAUGUCGCUUCCUUGAUUGCCGAAGGCUCCUCCAAGCUCGCAUCUGUUCCUUCUGGAGGAGGUGGAGGUGCCGCCGCCGCCCCUGCCGCCGGAGGAGCUGCUGCCGCUGCAGACGCACCCAAGGAGGAGGAGAAGAAGGAAGAAGAGAAGGAAGAAUCCGACGACGACAUGGGCUUCGGUCUCUUCGAUUAA